AUGAUGAAACCUCGAUGUUUUGCAACUCUACUUGCUGUGUUGGCGAUUGUAUGGACAAGUCCAAACAACGUUACAGAGGCGGCGACCUGCAUCUUGGACACACCUUCAACAGCAGCGUCGGAGAAUCCAGAACUGUUUUACGUGCCCAAUGCCCCGCUACGAAACAGACUGACUUCCGAGGAAGUUCUGUCUGAUCCUGAAAAUGUGCUUGUCAUUGAGGGAAAAGUACUGGGCAACGACUGCACACCAGUUCCUAAUGUUAUCAUCGAAGUGUGGUACGCCGGACCACAAGAUGGUCAAGGAAACUUCUACUCGCCAGUGGGUUCCGACCUCGACCACCGUGGCAUUCUCGUUGCUGAUGACUGCGGUAGCUUUACAAUCACGCAGACGUAUCCAGUACAAUACUUGGGAUCUCCUCUUGUUCACUUUCGUGUAUCGUUACCCGGAGACGAAGACGAACCCUUGCUGAUCACUGAAAUGUAUUUCGAAGAGAGCCUUGUGGCUGCGCAGCAGCCAGAUUAUUCCCAAAUCGUCGAAGUUCUCAAUCAGGAUGACGGCAGCCGGUUGACGCAAUUCAACAUGCACGUGGACAUUCCUGGCAGUGGCAGGCUUGCAGAUUGUGACGUGGUAAUUCUAGACGAGGACGUUCCCGCUGCAACGACAAAUCCAUCUGUGGCUGGCGAGCAGCCUGGUCCUGAUACCAACACCCAUGCCACAUCUGCCAGUGGCAACGGCAACUGCAAUGCUGCACACGGCCAUCUUCCGGUGAUGGCGGCUGGUGGUGCCCCCCAGAAUACACUUGCGUUGACGACAAUAGGCACAACGGUUGGCGGGGAAACAGCACAACAUGUCGACACUUGCAACGGUAGCAACGGAGCCAGGAGCCCUACUUCCUGGUUCUCCGUCUUGGGAACUGGAGGCGUGAUGACAGCCUCCACUUGCUGGCCUGGAACCGACUUUGACACCAAGGUCUCUGUCUUUGGAGGGUGGAACUGCACCUCUCUCACGUGCGUAGCAUCCAACGAUGAUUCUAGCACCAGCAAGACACCAUGUCAUUUCAAUGAACUUGCUAGCCGAGCAACCUGGCCAUCCAUCAAGGACGUCGAAUACACAAUAAUGAUCAACGGAUUUGGCUCGAGAGCUGGAAACUUUGAGUUGAGCGUGGAAACACAGAACGACAACUGCGACUAUGCUGCACCACUUGCCGUAGGGGACAGGGUUCACGGUGACACCACCCAUGCUGCUGUUCCCUGGAUGGGACGAGGCAUCAAUCAAUGCCCCAACGGAGGGGUGCUUGUUGGAUCGAAUCGAGGAUUGUGGUGGUCAGUCCUUGGCACCGGCAAACGGUUGGAAAUAAGCACAUGUAAUGACGAGGCCACGUUGGUCGCCACGAGACUGCAUGUCCUGGAGUCAUCUUGCGAGGAUGCUUCGACAUGCAUAGGAGGCGUCUACGAGACCGAUGGUUGUGCAACCUUCCAGUGGGACACUGAACCCUUGGUCCAAUACUAUGUUCUGGUGUCUUCCGUUGUUGUAGAAGGACGCUUUGCUUUGACCCUCUCUGAAGUUGUUGACGUUGUCUGA